AUGUCAACGGUAAUGAUUGAUGAAAUCUCAUCUACAAAUGGUUUAAUAAUAGGAACAGAUAAUACAAUAACAGAAGCAGUUGCCAAUAGUGAAGAUGAAGAUACUUGGUCUUUUGACAAUAAUACAAUCGCACCGUCCAUCGAUGAAAUAACAACACAGGGAAUCAAUGCUAGAGAAAAACUAACUGCAAAACCUAUAAUUGGUGAUCAGUUCGAUGAUUCAGAUGAUGAUGGUGAUGAAAUAGAAGUAAUUAUCCGCAAUUAUGAGUCAGAAACAUCAAAUUUUCAAACAAAUCGAGAAAAAGCUCGAGGAAUGUUAUCAGGAAGUUCUACUGCUAUUCCACCGAAACUAUCAGCAGUACGAGGUGUUGACUGCGAUGCACAAGGUGUUAUUAAUGGACAACCAACAUGUGAAUAUGAUAUAAUGAAUGGAGAUAAGCCAUGGAAAAAGCCAGGAGCGGACAUUACUGACUAUUUUAAUUAUGGUUUCACCGAAGAAAUAUGGGCACAAUACUGUGAUCGACACCGUCGUUUACGUAAUGACACCGCAGCAGUUCGCAAUAAUAAUACACAUUUUCCAACAAUGCUUCCAGGUCAUCCUUCAAUGAUUCAUCCAAUGAAUUCUCAUCAAUUCAUGAUGAUUAAUAAACCAAUGAAUAUGCAAAUGAUGCAACAUCCGAUGAAUAGUGCACGAAUACCUGAUGGAAAAAUUGAUGUGAUAGGUGCAACUGAUAAAACAACUCGUCGAUCUACUUUCGACACACAAAAUAGUUAUGAACAGCCAUCGUAUUUCAGUGGAUCUCAAUUUCUCGGUGAUCAAUCGCCCAAUGGACUUACGAUCGGCGAUCGUCUAUCAGCACAAUCAACUGCUAAUAGUCCUUUACCGUCUCAUGGAGCACAUUCAGGUAAUACUCAUCACAUGCCAACUAUGAAUAUGUAUCGAUUACCUAUGAUGCCCUUGCCACGUGGCAUGCCGUUUCGAUCUCAAUUCGGUCCUAUGCAUGUACACUGUGGCCCACAAUUUUUACCACAUGGACCUGUCGUAGGCAUGCGUGGUGAGAGGCCUCCACAAACAUUUUUUGUACCGCAUCGUUCUCAACAACCAUGGGAUAAAUCUGGUGUACCUCUCGUACAUGGUUUUCCUCCUAGGCCAUUUCCAUCACAAAUGACUACACCAGAAACUAAUAUGAUUGGACAAACACCAUCGAGUCGAAGUCCAACGCCUGAAAAUCGUUCAGUGCAUAGUCCAACACCAGAAGAGAAUCGCACAAGUGCUAUUGAUAAUGAGAAAGCAUCAAAAGAUAAUCGAUUUAACGAACGAUACAGAGAUGAUCAGGAUCGUGAUAAUAAUUCAACUAUUCAUCGUCGCUCACCAGCUAAAGAACAUUCAUCAUUAUCUUAUCAUUCACGACAUCGAAGUCGUGAACAUGAAUAUGAACGACCAAAAAAUGAUAGAAAAUCAUCGCGAGAUCGAGAUGAUAAAUAUGAGCAAACACGAAAACGAACUCAACGAGAAGAUAGUGAUCGGUAUAGUCGAGAUGACGAAGAAUCAACGCGUAAUCGCCGUUCAUCAAACCGUACACCAACAAAAAAAGGAUCUUCGCCAUCGAAAUCAAACGUAAUAACUUCAAGCCAAUCGUCUCAACCAUCAAACGACGGAACAACGAACUCUUCGCAACUAUCUUCACCAACAGCAAAUCGUUCACACCGUGAUAAUUCUGAACGAUCAUCUUCACGUCAUAGUCAUCAUAAAAAAUCUUCAAAACGAUCUCAGCCUGAUAGUGAUGACCAACGAAAUAGUACUUAUGAUCGUAAACGAUCAAAAGAUAAAUGA